UAAAAUAUUUUGAGUCAGAUUUAGUUAGGUUUCCACAUGUUACGUACAUAUGUAGUGUCAAAGAUGGACUUGGAAUUAUUGAAAAGUAAAUUUCGCGGUACGAUGCUGGGCGUUUUAGUCGGAGAUAUUCUAGGAAGUCCAUACGAGGGCAAAAAAGUCAUCUCAGCUCGCAAGAAAAUUUUCUUGCAACAAAGACUCGAUACAUUGGAGGGAACAAAGUUUAGAGUAAUUAACGAUGUACUUAAGAAACUAAGGAAAUUAAAGAAUAAAAAAAUUGAGCCAGGAAUAGAUGUGAAAGGUCCAGCAAAGACUAUAUUUGAUGGUCGAGGUUCUUAUGGUAAUGGCGGUGCAAUGAGAAUUGCACCUGUAUCAUUAUUUUCGUACAACAAUUAUGAUAAUCUUUUACAUUAUGUGAGAGAAGUGACACAAAUUACACAUGCAAAUGAAUUGGGGAUAAAUGGUGCUAUAUUACAAGCUAUAGCAAUUCAACAAAGUCUGUGCUUAUAUCCUAGUGAAGAAUUAAACGUUUCUAAUUUUAUUGACAACCUUAUAAACAAAAUGGAUAAAAUUGAGGUUGGUGAAAGCCAGCCAUAUAAAGAACGAUUAAAAAUAGUAAAGAAUCUGCUUUCCGAAAAUGGAGGUGAACCUAAUGAACAAAGGAUAGUUAAAGAACUGGGUGCUAAUGUUAGAGCUUUAGAAUCAGUUCCUACUGCGAUCUUUUGUUUUCUAAAGGCACAAAAACGCAUAAAAAGAAUACGAACUAAUAAUCCCGUCAGAAGAGCAAUUCAAUAUGCCAUUACUUUGGGAGGCGAUACAGACACAAUUGCUAGUAUGACCGGCGCGAUAACAGGUGCUUUAUAUGGCUAUGAAAAGUUCAGUCGAUUGCUUUUAUCACAUUGUGAACAGGCAGAUCGAUUUGAAGAACUGGCUGACGAAUUGCUGGAUCUAGCAACAUCUAAAUAGAUAAAUAUUAUACAUAAAAAAAUCAUACAUAAGAAGAUAAAGUGAGAAUUUGUGAAAAAAUGUUAAAUAGAAAUUAUAUGAGAACAUUCUGUAUUAAGAUAUUAUUUAAGUUAACUAUCACAUUUACAUAAUUAUUGUAAUACAUUUUACAAUAAUAAUUAAUUAGUAACAGUUUUAUUAAUGCAGAAGACCAUGCUCAGCAUUUUUGAUGUACAUAUUUUAUUUACAUUGCGCUCUUUUGAGCUCCAUUCAAUAAUUUACUGUUGAGGCGAUAUACUUUUUACUAAAUAUAAAUUUAUAACUA